CAGUGGUAUAACCGUCAUGUCGGCAGCUACCGCAUGGGAGCAGACAAGAAGUACGAUCUCUUUCCUGCUGGACUAGGUAAAGAAAAAAUCCAACCAGAAAGGCUGUGCCCCGGAAGCGAGUCAACGUAAUCUCGAACCUUCAGAUGUCUGCUGCACCGCAGAGUGCACACAUAUCAUCAUCUCUGGCUCCAACACUUCCCAAACUUCCCGAAUGACCAGCUACACCCUGACGCAUCAGAUACUCGAAGGACGUCCUGUGUACGCCAGCGACACUACAGCUGACUUCCUAUAUUUCUACGAACCCUACGGCCAGUGGAUAGUUGGACCUUCCGUAGGAACCGACCAUGGUUGGCUGUACGUAACAGACAGCGCCAUGAGCCCAGACAAAAUCCAAGGCACAUGGAAGGUCUCAGUAGACCACGUGCCGACUUCAUUCCCAUCCGUUCAAGCAACAUGUGCAGAAUGUCGCCAGAUCACCAUUUCUGGAUCAAUCCAUUUUCAAGAAAGCCGAAUGACCACCUACAGUCUGACCAGCCAGAUCCAUAACGGACGCCCCGUGUACUCCAGCGACACUAGAUCUGACUACAUCUACUACUACGCUCCCUACGAAGAGUGGAUGGUCGGUGAUAAUCUGGGAAGCAGUUAUAGAGGUUUGACCGCAGUUGACAGCCAUCUCUACCCUGAGCAGGUCGAGGCUGUGUGGAAACUGUGGGACGGCAGUCUGUUUGUGCCAUUUCCCAGAGUUGAAGCAAGAUGCACAGAUAUUGAUGAUUGCGCCUCCUCGCCUUGCCAACAUGGUGGAAUCUGUACCGACUUGCACAAUUCCUACUCUUGCACCUGUGCGGCAGGAUGGGAGGGGGACAACUGUGAAUUGGACACAAACGAGUGCGAAACCAACGCUUGCAACACCGGCUACACGUGCGUGAACCACAUUGGCUACUACGUUUGCCUGUCUGAAGUUCUGAAUCAUAGCAAGGGCCAGAACGUGCGGUCCAUCUGCGGUCCUGAGUCCUGUGCCGAUGGCUGGACUUGUGAGGCCCGGGAGCGAGGCUACGCCUGCCUUUCGAGCCAGUAACAACCGCUAGGGCCGACCUAGCCUGGUUGCCAUACUGUUCCCCCAGUUACACCAUGAGAAGCUUGUUGCUCAGGGUCUAGCCCUGGAGCUGAGGAACUAGCCUGUAGACUGGCCCUGGCAGUCUGGCACCCAGGCUAGCCCUGGAGCCGGGGAGCUAGUCUGUAUACUAGCACUGGCAACAGUCUGGCACCCAGGCUAGCCCUGGAGCCGAGGAACUAGCUUGUAGACUGGCCCUGGCAACAGUCUGGCACCCAGGUUAUGGUUAGCCUACUCGUCCUGACCAACUUUCAAGUCACAGGAAUAACAUCUGUGGAUGGUCAUAUGUCCUGGAUGGGAUACACUAGGCUAUGGCAGGCUACAACAUAAACUACUGUGUCUUGGAAGAAAA